UUGUCAUGCAAUACCCUGUUGAAGGAUAUCCCAUUAUGGUGCCACCUUGUUUAUCGUUAUCGUUUUGUAGGUUGGACUUCGGGAUGCUUCGCCUGUGGUGGUAACACACAGCAAGUGCUCGUGUGUGGCAGGCACUGCUUUGUGCAACCAUACUGUUGCUUUACUUUUUCAAACUGCUCACUACUCUCAGCUUAAUAUGGCAGUUGUACCCCCUGUGCUUAGCUGCACAGAAACAGAGCAAUGCUGGCAUAAACCACGGACAAUGGUAAUCAUUGAACAGUAUGUUCAGACAGUAUGUUCACAGAAUAGUUGAGGGAAAGAAAACACCACUGCCUUAUCGAAAAUGUCAGUUGUGGAUGGGUUUUGUUUUUAGUUUUAAGCUAUUUCCUCCUAUGAUGACUUUUAUUUGUCUGUAGGGUGUAAAACCAGGACCCAUCAAUUCCAUGGUCAUCACAAAACCUGUACCAAAUCGUACAGAACCAGGUGGAGUGAGAAGUGGACUCUACAGAGGGAUGGUGGGCCCUUUACCAGAUCCUUGCAUGUUCAGAUUUGUGGAGGCAUAUGCAGACUUCAUGAACAUGACAGCUGAAAAGCCACUUGUAGAGUGUGCAUUUGGGUUGGUCCAGGAAGGAAGUGCAUUAUCUUUCCAACAACCUCUGUUAACAUCACGAUACAUCACCCUACAUGAUGCACCACCGAGUCCACCUUUGUCUCUAGAAGGAUACUAUCUUGCUCCAACAGAAUGCACAUUUGUUUGUAGUGAGGAACAGUCCUUACACUUACAGAGUCUGAACAUGACAUUAGAUAUGGCUCAGAAAAUUGAGGCGGUAACACGUGACCAAAGCUCUUGUCCUGAGUGGCAUGACCUUCGCAAACCAAGGGUAACAGCCUCCAGAUUUCGGGAGAUGUGCCAUGUCAGAGGCCUGAGUUCUGCAGAGUCCCUCGCCGAACACAUCAUCAGGGGAUGCAGGCAGACAGCAGAAAUGAGAAGAGGUGCAGAAAUGGAGUCAGAGGUAACAGUUGAGUACAGCAAGUUGAGAAAUGUCAACUACUCACCUUGUGGUUUAAUCGUUCAUCCUGAUGCCCCCUGGAUUGGUGCGUCCCCUGAUGGUGUAGUGUUCGAUCCCACUGAACACCCUCAAUUUGAGCUUGUUGAAGUUAAAUGCCCUAAAGUCAAAAACUUUGUUGACUGCAAAUAUUUGCAAAUGGAGUAUGGGGCAAUUUCUCUCUCAAAAAAAAAAAACAACUACUGGUCUCCGGAAUGCAUUGGUGUGACUUUGUGGUGUGGGCUCAGGAAGAUUAUUUUGUGCAGCGCAUCUACAGUGACACAGCCAUGUAUAAAGUUAUUAGAGAGAAGAUUGAUUAUUUUUACUUCUACACAUACAUGCAUAAAUACUUGUCAAUGAAACAUUAAUUUUGUUGAAAAAAAUUCCAGUGAAACCGUACUGAUAAAAAUGUGUUUAUUGUAAAUAAAUGUACAGUACAAAGUGAUCUUUAUGAAAUUGUUACUUUUUAAAAUUACUUUUUAAAAAUA